UUUCUUCCCCCCCUCCAAUAUACUCUUUGCACAAAAAUGCUGUCGCUGAUUCGCGCUGCUGCUGCGACUGUGAGCGUUGCUGGCCGUCAAACGACGACGCGACUUGCCUUCGCCGCCGUCUCUGCCUCUUCUGCUGCGGCCGCCGUCCCGACGCGCGCCUACCAUGCACGCAAGGGCUGCUACGGCUUCCGAGUGCCCCCUAAGGCGACCCCCGAGGAAGAGGACGCCGCGGUGGUUGAAAACCGAAUUGACAAUCCCAACCUGCUCCGAUUGGUCUCUGCUUAUCGCGCUCAUGGCCACAAGGUUGCCACUGUCGACCCGCUUGGCGCCAUGGCACACUCUGCCCCCGAGCUCAACCCGUCCGUCUAUGGCUUUGACGUUGCGUCAACCGAGUCCAUGAAGCUGCUGGGCGUCGUUGAUUUCCGCGACGAGAGCGCCAGCAUUGCCGAGGUCGAGAAGCACUUGCGAUCCAUCUACUGCGGACACAUUGCCUUUGAGUUUGAGCAUCUUCCGGAGGCUGUCGAGCGCCGCUGGUUUGCCGAACAAAUCGAAAAGCGUCGCUGGUCUGGAUUGUCCGACGAGCGUCGCGUCGAGAUUUCCAAGCUGCUGAGCAACUCGGAGGUGUUUGACAACUUUAUGCAAAAGCGCUUUGUUCAGGUCAAGCGUUAUGGUGGCGAGGGUGCCGAGGCCAUGAUGGCUGGCGUCGACGAAAUUCUUCGUGCUGCCGCCGAGUUCAACAUUCGCGAUGUCGUCCUGUGCAUGCCGCACCGUGGUCGCUUGAAUCUGCUGACCGACAGCCUGCAGCUCCCUCCCGCCGUCUUGUUCGCAAAGGUCAAGGGCAUUCCCGAGUACCCCGCCGAGUUCAAGGAGGUCUGCUCUGGCGAUGUUCUCUCGCACAUUCACACCUCGGUGGAUCUUCAACUCCCCGGCGCCAAGAACCCGCUGCACGUCAGCAUGCUGCCCAACCCGUCGCACCUCGAGGCGGUCAACCCGGUCGCUCUCGGCAAGACCCGCGCUCGCCAGCUCUCCCUUCAGGACGGCGACUACAAGAACGAUCCCGAGUGCAAGCUUGGCGACAAGGUCAUGUGUCUGCAGCUGCACGGCGAUGCCGCCUUCGCUGCCCAGGGCGUCGUGACCGAAUCGCUUGGCAUGGCCAACCUGCCCCACUACUCGGUUGGCGGCACCGUGCACAUGAUCGUCAACAACCAGCUCGGCUUCACCACGCCCUCCGAUCGCGCCCGUUCGUCUCGCUACUGCUCGGACGUCGGCAAGAUGAUUGACUGCCCCGUCAUUCAUGUGAACGGCGACCACCCCGAGGAGGUUGUCCGUGCUGCACGCCUCGCCAUGGAGUACCGCAUGAAGUUCCGCAAGGACAUUCUCAUUGAUCUCAUCUGCUACCGCCGUAUGGGCCACAACGAGCUCGACGACCCUUCGAUGACUCAGCCCGUCAUGUACAAGAACAUUCGCACCCACAAGUCCGUGCCCAAGAUGUACGAGGAGCAACUUAUUGCCGAGAAUCUUCUGACUCGCGAGGCUGCAGACAAUGUCCGCACUGAGCGAUGGAACUUUUUGGAUUCCGAGUCCACUCGUGUUGAGACCUUUGUGCCCGAGAACAACCAUUUCCAAGGCAAGUGGAAAAAGAUGGGUCCUGCCCCCGCCGCCAUGAACACUUACAACACUGGCGUUGACCUGGCUGCCCUCAAGGAGAUUGGCCUUCGUUCGGUCGCCUACCCUCCUACUCUUAACAUUCACCCCCGUUUGAAGAAGGCGCACGUUGAAGCUCGUAUCAAGCGCAUUGAGGCUGGCACUGGCAUCGACUGGGCGACUGCUGAGGCUCUUGCUUUUGGCUCCCUCAUGCUGCAAAAGUAUAACGUCCGUAUUUCUGGCCAGGAUGUCGGUCGUGGCACCUUCAGCCAGCGCCAUGCAAUGCUCAUCGACCAAAACGAUGACUCCGCACACAUCCCCUUGAACGAUCUUGGCAAGCCACAAGCCUUCAUCGAGCUUUGCAAUAGCGAUCUCUCCGAGUUUGGCGUUCUUGGCUUUGAAUAUGGUGUCAGCAUUGACAGCCCCCAGACGCUGACUCUGUGGGAGGCUCAGUUCGGCGACUUUUUCAACGGCGCUCAAAUCAUUAUCGACACGUUCAUCAACUCUGGCGAAGCCAAGUGGCUCAAGCAGUCGGGCCUCGUGAUGCUCUUGCCGCACGGUUACGAUGGUGCUGGUCCCGAGCACUCUUCCUGCCGCAUGGAGCGCUUCCUUCAGCUGACCGACAGUGACAUGUAUGUUCGCGACACUGAGCGCGUCAACAUGGGUGUUGUCAACCCGACCACCCCUGCCCAGUAUUUCCAUCUGCUCCGCCGUCAAAUGGUCCGUCCCUACCGCAAGCCCCUGAUUGUCGUCGGCCCCAAGACGCUUCUCCGUCUUCCUGCUGCUGUCUCCGACCUCAACGAGAUGGCCUCCAACACCUCCUUCCAACCCGUUCUCGGCGAGUCGCACAUUGAGCCAAGCGGCGUCAAGCGUGUUAUUGUCUGCUCGGGCAAGCUCUACUACGAUCUUGCCAAGCAACGCGACGAUUCCAAGCGCACCGACGUUGUUAUUAUCCGCCUUGAGGAGCUUUGCCCCUUCCCUGCUGCCGCCAUCGAGUCCGAGCUCGCCAAGUUCACCAACGCCAGCGAGUUUGUCUGGGUUCAAGAGGAACAGCAGAACAUGGGCGCAUGGGCGUUCGUUGCCCCUCGCUUCGAGGCGCAGGUCGGCCGCAAGCUCAAGUAUAUUGGCCGUGGCCCGCUUGCAGCGCCCGCUGUCGGUGUUUCCAAGAUUCACAAGGCCGAAGUCGAAAAGCUGAUGCAAGAUGCUUUCACUGCUUAAUCGUGUUUACCAAGUCCCCCCAACUCGACGUGUCGUUUUGAUUAUUAAACCGAUUGAACCAA